AUUACGCCACAUACUCGUAUAAAUGGCGAAAGAUCAAAAAUAGAAACAAACGGAGAAAAUAAAGAAAACUCACAAAUUGAUAAAAGAAUUGGCCGGAGAGCUCUACAGAUCCGGUUAACUACUCGCCGGGAACAUAAUCCCGGUUGUAUUUCCGGCGAGAUUUUUUAGAAGUUGUAAGAUUGUAUGAGAAAACGCGAAGCGAAAAGAAAAAUCGGUAAGAAGAUCAUGGACGGAGAGAAAGCAGAGGAGGUGCUAGCGAUGAUGACGACGAAGGAGAAGAGAAAAUUUGAGAAGAAGUUAGUGAAAUUUAAAAAUUUACCGGAGUAUUUGCAAGAUAAUGAGUACAUAUUGGAUUAUUAUAGGUGUGAAUGGCCUUUGAAGGAGUCUUUGUUGAGCGUUUUCUCGUUGCACAAUGAAUCUCUUAAUAUAUGGACGCAUUUAGGAGGUUUUUUUAUAUUUUUGGCAUUGACGGUGAUGAGUUGUAUGGAGAAGACGGAGCUUGGGGGUUUCAUUACCGGUGUCCCCAGAAGAAAAGUUUCUGGACCGUUGAUGAUGAUGAUGACGACGAAGAGCCAUGAGUAUAACGUCUCUGAUAAUAGUCACAUGUUACCGGAUGCACAGUUGAGGCACAUUUCAAAAGACUUGGUUAUAUCUGAAGCUAUUCCUAAAUGGCCAUGGUUUGUUUUCUUAUCAGGAGCAAUGGGUUGUUUAAUCUGCAGCUCUCUCUCCCACCUCCUUGCUUCCCAUUCCAAGCGCUUUAACGUUAUCUUUUGGCGCUUAGACUAUGCAGGCAUUUCCCUCAUGAUUGUUUGUUCAUUUUUUGCUCCAAUCUAUUAUGUCUUCUAUUGCAAUCCAUUUCCAAAGUUCUUUUACAUUACCUCCAUAACUGUAAUUGGUGUCAUUGCUAUUAUCACUCUCUUGGCUCCUACUCUCUCUUCUCCUCGUUAUCGACCCUUCAGGGCUACCUUGUUCUUAAUCAUGGGGAUGCUAGGUGUAAUUCCUGCUGGGCACGCAUUUUCUAUUUAUUGGGGAAAUCCACAAAUCAUUAUAUCUCUUAGUCUUGAGCUUCUUAUGGCUAUUUUAUAUGCUAUAGGGGUUGGGUUUUACGUGACCAGAGUACCAGAACGUUGGAAACCCGGUGCUUUUGAUAUUGCAGGACACAGUCACCAGAUUUUUCAUUUGUUUGUUGUUCUAGCUGCCCUUGCUCAUAGUGCUGCAACGCUUAUAAUUCUUGAUUUUCGCUGGAGAUCACCUUCUUGUCCAUCUUAGCUGGUAGGCAUUGACUGUGUGUUGUUGUAAUGGUUUUUUAUACUCUAGUCCAUAUGCUAGCUCUUGUAGAACUUCGUGUUCUUAAUACUAGUUAGAAAUUUCUGCUCUUCUUUUGAAAUAGAGGUAAUUAAUUCACAUUCUUAUGGGUUAAUUACACAAGAAAAGAGUUUCUGAAGUUUGGCAAACUUUAGGGAGUAUUUUGUAAUUGACCCUGUAGUUUAUAUUUGUAAUCCCAGAUUUAGUAAAAUUACCUCCGACCCACUCGCAAAUCAAGUAGUUUUGCUUAUUUUGGGGAUGGCUUGCGGACAAGACAUUCAGGCAUUGGAAAUGUAAUACUGCUAUUUGUUCAUUGCUUUCUAUACCAAUUUAUUGUA